AUGCUCCGCUGCUGCCUCCCCCGCUCACGGGUCGCAUUCCGUCCCCUCCUCCUCCACCCCCACCGCAGGCCCCAAAGCUCCAGCACCACCCACCCAAUCCCACUAGGCGAAGAAGAAGACCCUCUCGACGACUUCUACGCCGCCAUCCGCGCAGGAAUCGACCCCCAAAACCCAACUUCCUACACCCCCACCGCUCCCCUCUCUCCAAAAGCCUCUCUAACCUCCCAGCGACAACAACAAAUCCAAAACCUCAUCAACCGUCCUAUCCCCACGGUCACACUCUCAAAUGGUGUAAAAAUCCCAGCAUUAGGUUAUCAAGCCUACGUCCAUCGAGAUCAGAAGCCCAAACCCUGGAAGGAUCUGAUAUGGAAGGGGUAUAGACAUAUUGAUAUGAAUUCUGCGUUUAAUCAGCCAGAGACGUUCCUACAGAGUUCAUUCUGGUCGCUUGCGACGAAUAUUACUCGUUCGGAUUUGUUCGUUUCUGCGAAACUGGAGAGUUGGUGGCAUCAUGAUCCGAAGGCUGCGUUGUAUAAUACUCUUUUGGGGUUGAGGACCGGGUAUUUGGAUCUAUGGGUGAUGAGAUGGCCUGUCUCUUGGGUUUCGAAGGCGAAUCAUUCGGACCCGCCGAAGGAUAAAAAUGGCAGGGAGAUAGAUUUUAUACAGGCUUGGAAGGGGAUGGAAGAACAAUUUGAAGCUGGGAAAGUAAGAUCCUUAGGGGUAGCGAACUUUUCAAAAGCGGAAUUAGACCUUCUCCUCGAACAUGCGAAGCAUAAACCGGUCGUUCAUCAGAUGGAAAUCACACCUUACCUCCAACAAAAGGAAUUCGUAGAGUACAACAAAAGCUUAGGAAUAACCCCAGUAGCCACAAUGCCCAUGGGUACUAGAACCCCAGAAAGAGGCGCCGCUUACGAAAACCUCCUCUUCGACACAGUCCUAAUCUCCAUCGCCGAAAAAUACCGAAUAACAGUCCGUCAACUCCUUACAGCCUGGCACAUCUCAAACGGCAUGGUCACAAUCCCAUACCUCGAAGACUCCACACACGCCCACGACAACCUUCGCGUCGACUCAUUGACCCUCGAACAAGAAGAUCUUGACAAAAUAGCAUCCCUCGAAAGAGGUCAACGAAUCUACAAACCAAGACUCCUAGGCUACUACCCAUUCUCGGACCUUACCGAUCCGGAUUUGGCCCUCGAUAAAGGUGAUCUUCCAAGAUUAGAAGAUGUUUAUGCCAGAAAUCGUGAGAAGGCCAAGUUUGCAAAACAGAAGGCAGAGGAAGAGGAAGAAGCACAUGAUUUUGCUCGAGGACAUCAGCUGAGAUUCGGAACGAGCACUUAUGCCGGCACGGUAUACGGAUGGCUCAGAAGCAUGGACGGUAGUAGAAAGGCGGCCGACAACAAAACCGGACAUUUUGGAACAAAAUUGCGACCUCCGAAGAAGAAAAAGUAA